ACUGAUGAGCCAGUUACUAAUACAGCGAGCAAAACGUGAUGCUCGAAGUCUGGCGAUGAUGACGUAGCCAGCGACGCAGUGAGGCAUAUGUCCGGGAUCUUUACCGACAGGACGGGGGUCCGCGUGACUGCGGGGAGGAGAGAGGGGGCAGCAGCACGGAGCAUCGUGAAACGCCCCCGAAGAAAUGUGAGAUGUCAUAUUUAUAAAUUACGUUUUCAAAAUAGAACCACCCUUCCACUAGGCUAAAAUUUGUCGUCAUCGGCGUGAGGUGAAUUCUGGUCAGAGCUGGUUGUGUGCAGGAGUGUGAGUGUUUUAGCAUCUCUCAAUUUGGCUAUCGUCUGUGCUCAUGUCCUCAGUCCUUUAGCGUCUGUCAAAUAGGACCUUGGUGAUUCCGCACCUAAGUCCCGGAGGACAGUGGAGCCUAGAGUGGAGUGCUUUGCGCAGUGUUCGGUCCCUCCCCGCUCGCAGGGUACAUUGCCAAGUGUCAGUGAGAUACCCACCGGAAAAAAGGAGUGCAUGUGGGCUCCGGUGGCAGGCCCUUACAAUACUGUCCGUUGAUAGUGUAGGCAAUUGCAAGUGCUCGGCCUGCUGAAGGCUCCCGUUACCGCAAUGCUGCUCAGCCUGAAAGCAAGAGCGGAGAAGGGUUUGGAAGACGAAGGGCCGAGGCGGGAUGUUGCGAUCCAUUAUUCACCGACAGAUGAAAACACAACAUAAAUAUCAUAGCGCAUAUUUGAUGCGUUGUGUAUUUGUACUCGUGCUGGAAGCUUGUGCUGAGAAGAUGGGAAAAGGCUUAAACUGCUGAACUCGUACCGAUGCGCGCGGAGACUGCGUUGUCUCGUGCUGCGGCGUGUGUUUAUGAGUAUACACACAUCGGUUCACUCAAACGGUACUUUCAAGAGAUUCAUUGCUGCGAAAUGACAUCCUUCCGCCAGCCCCCCUGUGUAUUAAAAUGGUUAUUAGAUAAGUGCCGGAUUAUUGAACUGGACUUUGCAUAGAAUUGCCUUGGAAACAACUGAGGUAACCCCAAGCGGUGUGCCAUCCCACUUGUCCUCCGCAUCUCCUUACCCAUUACUUGCUCUUUAACAUCCUCCGCGGCGCGCUCUGAAAACCUGACAACGAUGCCAUCACCGUCGGAAUCCAGCAGCGUGGUGUCCAUAUCGGGAUCCCGGGCUCUGACUGGAGGGCGACGCGGGAGCGCUCGGCUGCUGUUGUACCUGGGACUCUGUCACCUAGGUCUGGGGGCCAUGGUCUUGGCGUUCAGCUUCACCAGCUUGGCAUUCACCUCCUCUGCGCGGGUCCGCCAGUCCUGCCCCUUCUGGGCUGGCUUCUUUGUGGUGGCGUCUGGAGUGGCCGGUGUGGUUUCCUGGAGAAGGCCUCUGACUUUAGUGGUCUCUCUUUUCAUGCUGCUGUCAGCGGUGUGUGUGAUACUCAGUCUAGCUGGCUCCAUGCUCUCAUGUCAGAAUGCUCAGAUGGUCAAAUCCCUCCUCACUUGUCAGGUGGAGAAUGGCCUGUGUGUUUGCUGUGAUCCUAAGGACACGUGUUCUCUGUCAGAGGACGAUACCUUGGUCCUCUACCUGCAUGCAGACUGUCACUCUGUGCGACACCAACUUAAGGACCUGUUGUUCAGUGCCUGUGGCCUCAGCAUUCUCUCUACUAUCAUCUGCACCCUGUCUACAGUCACCUGCAGUAUACACAUCUUCUCUUUGGACCUGAUGCACCUGCUGGCUCCUCACCGCUCGCGGUCCGUUAACCCAGAAUGCACCACUCCUCAGGAUGCCUUCCUUACCAACAUGGUGGACUUUGAGGAGUUUGUCCCGCCUAUACCCCCGCCCCCCUACUACCCACCUGAGUACACCUGCAGCUCUGAGACCGACGCCCAGAGUAUUACGUAUAAUGGGUCAAUGGAGAGUCCGGUGCCACUUUACCCCACAGAUUGCCCUCCCCCCUAUGAAGCAGUGAUGGGCCAAAGAGCAGCCAGCCAGGCCACAGUCUUUGAUACCCAUGCCACAGAACACUCUGGAGAAAGAGGAACAUCCACAGGCUUCAGUGGUGAGGUAUCGAUGGACAGUGGCUCCCUCCUCAUGUCUGAGAUCGUGGACAUCCCUGACGACAGCUCGCCCUCUGAGGACUCGUGCCUGCUGGAGGUGGGGGUGGGCCUGGUGCGCCGGCGGGGCACGAGCGAGGGGACGGACGGCGGCGGAGAGUACGUGAGCUUCCGUUGCCCCACGCCCCAGCCAUCCGAGGGCUCGCCAGUUAUGCCCCAGCCCAGACACUGCUUCCGCGGGGAGAGGUCAAACUCCUGCUCCUCCCCCAGCACCUACAACACCUCCACCUACAGGUCUCCCAUCUUGCACAGGCAGGCUCUGCUGGCCAGUAGCUGUUCCCAGUUGGAGCAGCUCAGUGUCGCCACCAGAGCCUCCCAGUGCUCCUCCAUCCCAGAGAUCAGACUCCACCCGUCCACGCCAUCACGGCACGACUCCUCCCACAGCCACGCCCCCGCAUCUGCUGCGGCUCAGACUGAUGCUUCAGAUCGCCGUGGCACCCCUCCUAUGAUACCGCUCCAGCGGCUGUGGCACACCAGUGGCCGCGCUCGGCGAGACAGCGAUGGCCCCCUCCAGCUGGUGAGGUCCCACAGCGAACCUGGACUCAGCUCCUCAACUGACACAGGUGAACUGAGUGGUUCUAUUGGCAGUAAAGGUGUGAGUGUAGAGUCUCAGACGUCUACGGACACAGGUCCUGGAUCUGAGGCGUGUCUACUUCAGCGUAGCUCAAUGGUGCCCCCUCUCUCUCUCCCACGGAAGGGCAGUGUGAAAGCCCUCGCUGGGCACACGCCCUCCAAGCUGCCCCCUGGCACUCCGCUGCGUCUGCCCAAAGACUGCGCCCGCUCCCUCACUGACCUCAAGGUGACUCGGGUGCUGGUGGCACGCUUCCUGCAGCGCUCCAGGAGGAACCUGGCUCCCGCCGCUGAGCACUCUGGGAGCUGUAGUCAGGGGCCGAAGAGGCGUGCAGGAACUGAAGGCAAUCUACCCCUCGAGCAGGUGCUGCGGAACUCCUGGGGUGCCAGCAGAGGGCAGCAGUACCAGCAACACGUUCACCGCAAUCGUCACCACCAUUCCCACAGCGACAGUCGCCAUGACGCCCAGCGGCGGAACGACGACCCGGCUGUGUGUGUGGAGGGCAUCCACCUGCGGAGCUGCGGCGACCUAAGCUCCUCCUCCGCUGCAUCACUACGCAGACUCCUCCAACAAACUCAUGGCUCCUCAGGAGCCCUGCACUCUGAAUCAGCACUGUAGAGAGAGAGAGAGAAAGAGAGAGAGAGAGGGAGGAAGAAGGAGAUGGAGAGAGAGAAAGGGAGAGAAGAAGAAACGAAGGGGGUGCAGGAAGAGAUGGAGAAAAAAGGGGGAUAGGGACAAAGAGAAAAAUAAGUCUGAGAUACGCACAGAAAAGGAAAGAAGCAAAGACAAUGGUUUGUCAUGGUUUGCAGAGAAAACUGAGGAAAGAUAGCCAAACUAUUUAACUUUGUGUGCUCGCUUGGAUAAAGAUAUUUUGGUGGCACAUUGUACUGAAGUGGUGUCUGGAAUCGGAGAACAAACUUAUAUAAAGUAGAAGUUUAGGGGAGGUAAAAAGGAGAGAAGGGAGAGGGAAGGGAGGACUGAGUUUAAAGAGAACCAAUGGAGGAAGUAGGGGAGUGGGGAGAGCAAACAACUAAAAGAGAAGAUUCUGGACUGAUAGACUGGGAGCAGAACUGUAACCACGGUGACUGAACAAGCAGUGUCAAAAACAGGCCCACAGGGGAUGAUGUGACAGUGACGAGGCUUGAUUCAUUAAACUAUUAGACUAUUAUGAUGGCAAAAAAAAGAACAGAAAAUAAAACUAGCUAAUGUUCUUCAUCCACCCUCCCGUAACUCCUCUGGAGUCCGGCAACAUCACAAGACUCAGUGGACGUCUUCAAAUCCACACCACGCCUGGACCGCCACCGUCCACGCCACCCCUGCGAAUGGGAGACUAGGCAGUGGACAAGGGAGUGGACUUUGGGACAGAGCCUGUGUGAGAGCACAGGCAGCCCUACUAGUCGCCAUCCUCUGGUGCUGACCCACAACUAUACACUCCUCCACUCCCAUCUGUCCGUCUCGUCCUUCUCCUGUUCAUCAUCUGUUCAUCAGUCCUACCUCGGGGCCUUUGUUUUCAUUCAGGACUGAGAGAAAAAGCAGGUUUCUAGAGAUAAUGUCCUAGGUGAAUCACACGCAAACGCACACACACACACACACGCACACGCACACGCACACACACACACAUGUACACACACACACACACACAGGUAAUUUGCUGUUGAAUACAUCUGGGCCCUGUCUUAAUUCAAUUAAAAUUGUCAUAGCUACCUACUCUCAAUGAAGUAACAAUGAAGGUGUAUGACCUGAUCAUUGUUUCUAUAGUUCAGUGUGCAGUCCUGAUGCCACGCAUCACCCAUUCCCAUCUCCACUGCUGCUUAUGGCUGUGCAUCAUUCUUUCAGUUGAUUGUACACAACCUCACAUGUAACUGAUCUAUACAUUGACCCAGACAGGAAACGUGGUAGCUUCUACUGAAUGUUUGUCAUCAUGGAACCAGCAGCUAGCUUCACCAUUGGUGCAUCACUCGCCCUAGUUUCCGGUAGGUCUGUCUAAAAGCAUCACAUCCAAAAGAAAACAUAGCACACCUCGGCCGUCAGCCACAUUAAUCUCCCAACCGGCCGUUUUAAAUACCUAUGUUAGCUUUCUACAAGUGCAUGUCUUUUUAUGAACAAAAAAAAGAAAGAAACUGCUACAGUGGUAGAAGGAGGGAGUUUAAGGCUGUCUGUAUGUUUAUAUGCACCUGAGCCACACUGCUCCAGCUAUACCUAUCUGUCCUCUGAAUGAGGCUGCAUGCUCUGCUGAAGCCUAUUUGAGCCAGUUUCUCUUUCUUUCUGUGCUGCUUUCUCCUCCUCUUUGUUGCCCCCCACCUAAAGUGAAAGGAGACAUAUUGUACAGAAUCAUUUUUUCCCUUGUCAGAACGCCAGUCCAUAUGUGUGUGGGUAGUGGUUCUAUCCAUAGGCUGAGAACGUGGGAACAUGUCAAAGUUUCUACAUUUCUGCAAUCAUUUUCCAUUUUAGGAAAAUAUGAUUGUAGGCUAGCUGUAACAAAUCCAAUUUCAUUUGGAGUCUCCUGUGACAGCACUAAGGGCCCACAUUGUUCUUAAUGGCUACCGAAUGAAUCAGAACACCAUUAAGAACUGAAUAAUGUUGAGCCCUCUGUCUAUACACUGGAGAGUAGUGGUUCAUCAGCCCUAAUGCAACACAAGUUCCCUCAAAAAGUCUGCAUAUUGUAAAAAGCAUAUUGUAAAAAGCAUAUUGAUUUAAAGAGUUGUUGUAGUAGACUUUAUAAUGAUUUCAGAGACCAUUUGAAUUAUUUGGUGUAAAAUAUGUCUCCUUAAACUUAGAGCUAGUGUAGAAAGUAGGCUUUAUUUGAGCAAAUAUGUAAAGAAAUUGACAAUUAUGCUCUGACACGAUGAUGCAACCCACACAAUGCCCCUGGUUUAAUAUGUAAUAAUGAAUGCAGAUAUUAUUAUCUAAAUCCACAUAUUGUAACAAGGGCCAAAUUACUUUGACAUGGAUUUAGGUAGGACCUGCAGUGUUGCUCUUUGCAACAUUUUUUACGUCUUUUCAAAUGCAUAUAAUGGAUAAUAUUGAUGGUGCUGUAUGACUACAUUUGCCUACAUUUAUCUUUACAAUAUGAUCAGCAGCAAGCUCCUUUCCUUCCAGAAUUUGCUCCUAAAUGUGAACUCAUAGGCUUGAUUCCUUUGUGCACUGAGGGAGCCUCACCCCACCGGCCAUUUCAUAAUAUAACUGUCUGUACGCUGUUGGUUUUGGCUUUUUCUUUUUCAUUUAUGAAAACCAAGGACAAGGCCAUGAACUUUUGAAGUUUACUGCUCACUGAGGUGUGCAAAAAAAAUGACCUUAGAGCUUAUAUGUUUCUGGACAGAAUGGAGGUUUUUUUGUGUUAAAGAGUUGUUUUUAAAUAGCGCCCUCUUGUGUUAAGGAAGGAAUUUGGCCCACAGUCUUCCAUUGCAGUGCACUGCUCUGCACACACACACUGGGUAGAACCAGGGUUGUAUCACAUUCUGAUUUAAAAUAGGCAUGCACACACACACACACACACACACACACACACACACACACACACACACACACACACACACACACAGAAUUGGUGUAAAUAAAUGACGUUGUAAUGCACAACACAAACCACUCACAAACCCCCACCCUAACCUCUUGCCAAUGCGCGCGCAAAGUCACACAUGGGCAAUUAAGACUCUUUCUUUCCAAAGCACUGAACUGACUUUGAACAGGAGCCCAAGGUUCUACCUCCUUUCUUGUACAUUGAUGGUAAUGAGUGAAUAUAAGACUGUGGAUAGUUGAUAUGAAGCCUGGACAAAGGGACAUUACUGAGAAUUUAUGUUAAUGAAGGUUUCAAAAUAGGUUUCUAAAUCAGGAACUUUUAAUGCAAGUUAUGUAUUUAAAUAUGUACUGAAUAAAUGUAAAAUGACACGUGCAGAUGAGAUGAAAAAAUAUAAAUAUA